UACCAGUCUUUCGUUAAGCGUCGUAUUAGACGCACGCGCGCGCUCAUUUAUAUACAGUUUUUAAAUCGUGUUUGUUAGUUUAGUGAAAAAUAACAGACAUACGAUAUAAAUAGACCUGACUAUUGUAGUUAACAGUGUGUUACAUAAAUAACAUUUGAUUUUAACCAGAUCGAUAUAAAAUAUAGUUACUAAGAUGAAAUCUUCGGUGGCGUUACUCCUGUUCGGGUUGGCGGUCUUCGUAGCAACAAUUAGUGCUCGACCGAACCACAGCGAACCAGAUCUUUCCAAUGAUGAAAGUAACUUCGACCACAACAUAGCAGAAAGCAGACAUCACAGUAGAAGGGAAAGAAGGAGACAUUCGAGACAGAUUUCUGACCGGUACGAACGUUUAUCGCCUUCGCAUUACAUUACAAAGGCAGAAUUUGAACUAUAUAAGCAAACAAGAGAAUCAAUUGAUUUGGAUAGUACAAAGGCAGAUGUUAAAAUAAUUAAACAGCUAUUAAUUCAUAUAACAAUGCAAAUAAUGGACCUGACCUUAACAACAGAAAUGGACCGGAUGAUAAUGUAAUUAACACUGAUGAGGAUGAAAACGAUGAAGGAAGGCCGAUCUCAUUCAAGCCCGUCAAUACUAACUCACCACAAGGCAGACCGCUUCCGCCCGUCGAGCAUGGCAGUGUUCAAGCUGGGUUACAGACAGAAACCAUGACCACUGCGAAGCCCAUAAAGACUCCGGGAGUUUGCGAAGCCGCCAUCCUCUUAUGUUGUAGACACCCUACAAUCAAGCAUAAAGAAUGCUUCCAGAGUUACAGCUGUAUUAAAACUUUUAACACAGGCUUAGCUUGUUCACCAAAGGCCAUAGCAGUCGUCAUCCAACACUUUAAAGAUGCGUAUGCGCCGAGGUGAUUUCUUCUAAAGAAAUAAACGGCAACUUCAUAGUCACCUAACAGUAUUUUAGUUUAUAAAGUAGCUUAAGUUGUUGAAGCGAUUGUUAAGAUACAGUAAUUGGUAACAAAACAAUUUUCUCUGCGUGAUUGAUAGCUUAUAGAGUUAAAAACGUGUCUAAUAGAAGAUUUCGACGUCAGAGUAAGUUUUGAUUGGAUUUUAGUUGCGCCAGUUUAAUCCUUUAUCUAAGACCGUUGAUUCCACUGUCGAAGCUUUGUAACAUAUUAUAGUCAUCUCUGUUUUUCAAGAAAAAUACUCGUAAGAAGGACGAAUAUAUGUAGUUUCCGCGGUGGAAACGGUAAAUAAUUACGAGCGAAAAUGUUGAAACGAUAUCGAACAGAAUAAUAGUAUACUUUAUUUACUGAAACAAUAAUAACUUCUUUAUGCAUUUAUGCAUAUUGUUUGUAAGUUCCAUAUCUUAUCCCAUUCGAUGUUUGUAGACAUCAAAACUGAUAUUGGAAUUAUAUUUUUUUUUUAAUUGCUAUCAUCUUGUCGAAUUAAACUCUAUAUAACUACUAUCUAUUUUUUUUGUUUGAACAAUUAAACGUU